UAAUUCCGGGUAAUUUUACCGAGAACGUUUCGGGAUCGCUAGCGAACGAGUCGUUUUCGAAAAAUGAGUCGGUGAAAAAAAAAUAACGCGCCUCUAGUCUCGAGAGGGAUUCGCACCAUAUUUUCUCGAGUACUAUAGAUAAGGUAUCCGUUUAUAAGUCGUAACGGAGCGCGUCGCAACGCUAGGGUCGCGGUCGCUUCCGUGUUGAAAAACGUUCGUCGUCUCUGCAUUUCUAUCGAAAAUGCUGCCCGAUCUCAACAGGUACACGGCGCUGGCGGCGUUCUGCGCCCAUUCCUUCGCAAUAUCAAUCGGAGUGUGCCAGGGUUACAGCGCCAUCUGGAUCCCGCAGCUCGAAUCGUCCGGAGAGUUCGACACCACGACGGACCAGAACAGCUGGUUAGCCAGUUUGGGAGCGGUCACGAACCCAGUCGGCAGCGUACUCUCCGGCGUCCUGGCCGAGUACCUUGGCAGAAAAAGGUCCAUCCAGAUCAGCACCGUACCUUUCAUAGUCGGCUGGCUCCUGAUCGGACUUGGCCCUAAUAUCACGUGGCUUUACGUCGGUAGGGCCAUCACGGGGGUGGCGGCCGGAAUGUCCACUGCGUGUUACACAUACGUAGGCGAGAUCGCCACGCCCAGCAACCGGGGCUUGCUCAACGCUCUGGGUCCUAUGUGCGCUAGCUUCGGCAUCCUCCUCACCUACAUCCUAGGCUACCUGAUCCACUGGUCCACCGUAGCCCUCAUCAGCGUCUCUUUCGCAGUCGUCACCCUUAUCACCAUGCAAUUGGUACCCGAGAGUCCGCCCCAUUUGCUCAAAACUCAAGGGCCCGGUACGGGUGACGAUUCGGAAACCUACAGGGCAUUUUACUUUUUCCGAAGGAGCGUCGCCGACACCGAGCACGAGAUCAAAGUCGCCAUGGCCAACAUGACCCACAGCGACGACGAGCCUCACAAAUCACUAGUGGAGGUCUACUUCAGUCCCGAAACGGUCAAACCCUUCAUCUACCUCGUGGUGCUGUUCCUCCUGCAAGAGUUGAGCGGCAUCUACACGAUCCUCUACUACGCGGUGUCGUUCUUCGGCGAGACUGACCUCGAGAUCGACGACUACGUUUCGAGCAUCAUCGUCGGCACCAUCAGGUUCAUCAUGUCGAUCGCGUGCGUCUUCUUAGUCAACCGCUUCGGUCGCAAAGUACUUUGCACCUUCUCGAGCCUGGGCAUGGCCCUUUCCGUACUCGUCGUAGGCCUCUACCAAAAGUACUACGAGAUCAACCCCGAUUCGGAUCGCAUCCUCAGCCUGUUGCCACUUUUCUGCAUAAUGUUCAAUGUGUUCUUCUCGAUGAUCGGUAUGCUGCCGGUACCUUGGAUCUUGUGCGGUGAGAUGUUCCCUCUGCGAGUCAGACCCGUAAUGGCGGGCCUGGUUAUCUGCAUGGCGCAGGGUUUUAUAUUCGUCUGCGUCAAAGUAUACAACGACAUGGUGCGUUACCUGGAAUUCAGCGGCACCUUGUUCACGUUCUUUGUCGCUUCGGUCGCGUCGAUGCUGUUCUGCAUGUACGCGCUACCGGAAACGAAGAACAAGAGCCUGCACGAGAUCGAAGCGUACUUUAGAGGAGACAAGGCGGCGAAAGAGAAGAGGCCGGAAAAGUCGGGGAUCCAUAACGCCGCGUUCACGCAGAGUUCGGAAAACAUAACGGUUGUCACGCGGUAGUCAAAGCGAUCGAAUCGGAACGAUGCCGCAGACGAACGUCCCUGCGACUGGGACGUGAACGAAAAACGAAAGUGCCCGUCGGGCAGUCGGACGUCUAGUUAGUUUUUCGUCGAAUAAGUGAACGGCCGGUCCGUGUGUGCUGUUUUGUAAGGAAAAGAGAGGCGCCGGAAGUCCCUUUUCCGUUUUUUACGACUUCGGUAUGGUCGACGUGGCGGAUACUUUUUUUAGGUUAACCGUUGUUACCGCGUACGCCCCCCCGCCCCUAAACGUGAUAAUAAAAUCUUGUUUUUCAGA